AUGAUCAAAUUACUGUCACAGUAUCACGAGACUCAUUUAGCGUAUGUUUCGUCUCAACUGCAGUCAUUUUUACGUUUAUUACACUGUUCCUGACCUGACGAGUACCUACCACUGAGAGCAAUUUAUCAAUUUUUCAAAAUGAAUCGAGCAGUUUUGUUGUGUUUGGUGUUCGUCGCUUCUGUUCGUGCGUACUCCAGCCUAGAUUUCGACGUCAAAUGGGAAAUGUAUAAGAAGAAAUACAACAAGCAUUAUACACCGGACGAAGAGCCUUAUCGUCGCGAAAUAUGGAAAUCAAACUUUGAGAAAGUUGAGAAACACAACGCCGGCCGUCAUAACUAUACAUUGGCAAUCAAUCAAUUGGCCGACCUCACUCCCAUUGAGUACCGGGCAUUGAUGCUCGGCACGAAGUACCGACCGGAUAGGAAAAACGACGGGUCGACCUAUUUGCUCCCAAGUUUUACUAGGCUACCAGAUACCGUCGAUUGGCGCAAAAAGGGUUAUGUAACUAAAGUGAAAAAUCAAGGGCAAUGUGGUUCUUGUUGGGCUUUCAGCUCAACGGGGUCACUUGAAGGGCAGCAUUUCAAGAAAACAGGCAAAUUGGUGUCGCUCAGUGAACAAAACUUGGUAGACUGUUCAUAUGCCUAUGGCAAUCAUGGUUGUGAAGGUGGUCUAAUGGACAACGCCUUUGAUUACAUUAUGGCAAAUGGUGGAAUCGAUACUGAAAUGAGUUAUCCGUAUAAAGCGAGAGAUGGAACGUGCAAAUAUCUUAGCAGUAAAAUUGGUGCUACUGUCAGCGGGCACACGGACAUCACGAAAGGUUCAGAAUCCGACCUCAAGCAAGCCGCAGCGACCGUCGGUCCUAUAUCAGUUGCAAUUGACGCAAGUCACAUGAGUUUUCAACUUUACAAAGGCGGUGUUUAUGACGAACCCCUGUGCAGCAGCGUCGCUUUGGAUCAUGGUGUGCUUGUCGUUGGUUACGGCACCCAUCAUGGAAAGGAUUACUGGCUAGUCAAGAAUAGUUGGGGUGAAUCAUGGGGUAUGGAUGGAUACAUCAUGAUGUCCAGGAACAAAGAUAAUCAAUGCGGUAUCGCCACGGCAGCCAGUUAUCCUUUGGUGUAAAGUGUUAAUAUGGAGGUCUUUGGUAUUUACUGUCAGCACAAGUCUUUUUUUAUUGACUUUUACAAAAUUUGCACGUUCCUUCAUUGUAUGACGCUAAACUGUUUACUGUAUGACGUAUCAAUCUUUCGUCGUGAGUUUUUCUUUUGUACAUGCACUGUUAAAUGUAUCGUUUCAUUAAAUAACACUGGCAUUUGGGGA